UUUAAAUGGUAGCGCGAAUAGCAUGAAGAGCCAAAGUCAAAUAUUUUGAUCCAGAUCUAUUUUAUUUAUUUAGAAAAAAUGGAAUCAAAUUAUUCAGAUGCAUAUAAAAUCAAGUCUGUAACGGUGGACAAACGUCUUGUGCGAAGUCAGAGAAGGUCAAUUGACUGGAAAAACCAGAGACAACAACUGCAAGAAAAACGACGGGCGAUUGAAGAUUUGUCGCCACUUCAAGAAAUAUUUCAUAAUUCAGCAUUAGCUCCCGCAAAAGUAACAAAUGACACGCCGUCAAGAAAACCAGGAAAGACUUUAGGUCUAAAAAAUGGAAAACAUCCGGGUGAGGACAGAAAAUCACAAUUAUCGAAAUGGAAACAAGAAAAAGAGGCAAAGAGAAAAAUAGAAGCUUUAGAAAAAGCAAGGAAUAUGCCCUUUAAAGUGGGUAAAAUUGAACACAAGGAUGAUACAUUAUAUACAGGAUUUCAACAAUCAUCCAAGAGACAACCAAUGGAACCAGCUAGAAAACCUGUAGAAUCAAAACCAAAAGAUCAAACAAAGCAUACAAAUUCUCUAAAAAGAAAAGGUGAUGAAUUACAAGCCUCUAUCAGUAAAAGAUCAAAUUUAGACAGUAGAACCAGUAAACAACCUGAAAAUAAACUGAAGCCAUCUCAAAGAAGAGAAGUUAGGCGAACUGUAACAAAAUCUAGAGCAUCACCUGCAAGACGUACAACACGACAAACUACUAGUGGUGUCAACAGGUUACUUGCUCCAACAGCAAGUACAGCAGCUAAGAAAGUGGAUAAAACAAAUGGCUCUGCCAAAGUAAAGACAACGGAGCCACAAUCAAAAAUUAAAAUUCAAACUUUGACAAACCGUAAAUCCAAGAAUCAACCAACAACUUCCAGUUCAGAUGUUAAUGUGCCUGAUGAAAGUUUGAGUAAAGUUACUACAGUACGUGGAGAUGUUGGCUUCCCUGAUGAUUUUACGUUUAUUGCUCCAAGUAACCUUAAGUCUUAUAUAUUUAAUCCCCUAAGUCCAACUAGUGCAGCUGACUUUUUGUUUCCUAACCAAGAAAGCAGCUCUUAUUCAUUCUUCAAUUCGUCACCACAAAAUGGCAGGUGUUCAACUCCACGAGGUGAGACAGAAGACAAAGAUGGUAAAAAAUCAGAUGAUCCUAAAUUUAGCUUCACUAGUCAUACACAAGGUACAGUAGUAGAAAUAUAUUGUUCUUGA